UCUGUGAUCCACUGCUCAGCUCUGGCCUACAUGCUGCAGAUGUCAGAGGAGGUUCUGGAUGAAUUGGACCUGGAGAAGUACAACACAUCAUGGGAGGGGCGAAGGAGACUGAUUCCAGCUGUGAGGAACUGCAGAAAGGCUCGACUUUCUGAUUGUGAACUCUCAGAGACUCACUGUGAAGUUGUGGCUUCAGCUCUGAAGUCCAACCCCUCCCAUUUGAGAGAGCUGGACCUGAGUGACAAUGACCUGCAUGAUACAGGAGUGAAGCUGCUGUCUGCUGGACUGAAGAGUCCAAACUGUAGAUUGGAGAUUCUGAGAUUGUGGCGCUGCAGUUUGUCAGAGAUCAGCUGUGCUUCUCUGGCCUCAGCUCUCAAGUCCAACCCCUCCCAUCUGAGAGAGCUGGAGCUGAGCUACAACAAGCUGCAGGAUUCAGGACUGAAGCUGCUGAGUGUUUUUCUGGAGAGCCCACACUGUAGACUGGAGACUCUGAGAUUAUGGGACUGCAGGUUGUCAGAGGUCAGCUGUGCUUCUCUGGUCUCAGCUCUGAAGUCCAAUCCCUCUCAUUUGAGAAAGCUGGAGAUGAACUACGACAAGCUGCGGGAUUCAGGAGGGAAGUUGCUGUCUGCUGGACUGGAGAGUCCACAAUGUGGACUGGACACUCCGAGGGUGGAUGGCAGUGAAAACAACUCUACACCUGACAGGCAUGAAGGAUAUCCGUCUGAGGACGCCAGAGAGGAUCAGCUGUGUCCUGAUGAUCCAGAGAGGUUGAAGCAGCAGCAGCUUCUGUGUGGAGAGGCUCUGAAUACAAAGGAGAAGUUAAGUUUCACACCUGACCUGCUGACUGACUCUGGAAAGACUUCAUACAGGUUCAGGUGUCCUGGUCCAGGUGUGUUCCAGUGUACUUUGACUGGACUGAUGUUUGGUAUGACUCAGGAGGCGGAGCUGCUGUACCGGACUGUCCAAUGGGAUGAGAGCCUCCUCCAAUCAGCCGGCAAGACGGCUGCAGGGCUGCUGUUCAGUAUCAAGUGUCCUGAGGAUGCUGUCUGUCAGCUCCACCUGCCGCACUGUGAAACAAAGGACGCUCUGCUGCCUGACGGUCUGCUGUCUGUCGUCCACAUCACUGAUGAUGGAAUGAGCAUCCUCGAGCCGCUGGAGAUUACAGACACUCAUGUGGUUGUCAAAGUCCCUCACCUCUCUCUAUUUGGCCUGGUCUGGGAUAUAGGGAGGUUGUGGACGACACCAGUUUGUGGCCAAGUUCUGCUGUUCCUCGGACCACCGAACCCAAGAACACAGAGGCAAAAACUGAAUGUGUUUCUCUUGCCGAGCAACAUCCACCUGGACGAGGUGAGAAAACAACAGGGAAAUUGUGAGAACAUUGAGGCUCCUUCCAAAUGCAAAUUCAUCAAAGAUGAAAGUUACACUGUUCAAUGUCCUGAGGCCAUCAAAGUACAGCCUAAGAGAGCAGAUUUUAUCCUGGACUUUGGACCAAAUUACCAUCCAACAUUUGAGAUCCGCCUGCCGACAAACACGGAGGAAGUGACUAUAAUGGUCCAGGACCAAAGAAAGACGGAGAUCUGGGAGCAUGAAGUUGAUCUAACAGAUCUGACUCUACAUGAACUCAACGUACUGAGGCCUCAGAGUGGCUCACCACGGAGCAGGUUAACAUCAGUCCGGCCUCAGUUUGUAGAAGCAGUGUCUGAACCUGUUCUGAACCAGCUGCUGGAUCAACUUUUGCACCAGGGUAUUAUAAAUCAAGAAGAAAUGGAUUCAGCCAGGACCAGACCCAGGGCUGACAGGGCUCGAGCGGUGAUUGACAUGGUACGAAACAAAGGAACACAAGCCAGUUCAGCUCUGAUCGAGGAUUUCAGUAUGUUGGAUCCACACCUGUCCAGAACUCUGAACCUGAGCUGAAGUAGAACUGAGACUCGAAACACGAUGAAAUGGACUUCCAUAGAUAGCAGGGGCAAUUCUAGGAUCAGACCUUUAGGGGUGCUCGACCCCUAAUGAGAAUGUAGCAUGCAUACGAUCCCUUGCAAAAGUGUUUACUCAUCUGUGGAAAUCACAAGUCGGACUACUAGAGAGGAGCUGGUGCAGAGCGGAGCGGGUCAGUCAAGGACGUCACUUUGUGUUGAAAAGUGAACAUCAGGGGGUUUAGAUUAGAGGCGUGAUGAUAUAAUUGGGGUCACUAGUCGUGACGAUGCACGAGAACAAGACGAUUUUUAGCACAAUUUAGAUUAAAUA